UGACAGUCAGUGCACAGUGAACACUACACCUGUUGCACUUCCCAGGCUCUCUCUCUCUCUGUUUCUCUUUCCCUCUUCCUGUCCCUCUCUCUUCCCCUUCUUUUCUCCGUGACUGCUCUGAAAGGGAGCUUGCCAUGGAUCCCAACGAGGCCGGCGGGGGCGAGAAGGAGAAGGAGAAAGAGAAGGACAAAACGAUCAAGAGGAGGAACCGGCCUGUGUUCCUGCGAUACCUGGAGAGGAGGAAGACGGACACUAUUGUGGUCGAGGACUCGGCCAAAGGGGACUUCAACCUGGGGACGCUGGUGAGGAGGAGUCAGUCUGACAAGACGGAGUACAGCGCUAAACUUAAAGAGAAAAUGUCCCCACACAACCUGCCCACAAUCUUGUCUCCAUCACUGGACCCAGAGGAGGUCCGUCAGAGGAAGAUGAACCGCAGGGCAAAGGUCAUCCAGGAGCUUGUGCAGACUGAAAAGGACUACCUCACAGACCUGGAGCUGUGCAUCAGAGAAGUGGUCCAGCCUCUACGCAAUCUGCAGGUUGUUGAUGUCGACAGGUUGUUCACCAACACAGAGACAGUGUUUGAGGUAUCUGCAGCACUCCUUCACAGACUGCAAGAGGCCAUUGCUGACCCUGAUCCGGAGGCAGUUGUCAUAGGAGAAAUAUUCAUCCAGGUGAAGGCAGCUUUAGAAGAUGUAUAUAAGAUUUACUGUUACCACCAUGAUGAUGCCAACAUGUCACUCAAAUCCUACGAAAAAGAUGAAGAAAUAAAGAAACAUUUCACCACGUGUGUAUUAGCUCUGAAGAAAAUCUACGACCAAGAAGGAAAACCCAACUUGCUGAACAUGGGCUCACUGCUCAUCAAACCGGUCCAGAGGAUCAUGAAGUACCCGUUGCUGCUCGGGGAGCUGUGGCACGCCACGCCUGAAGACCACCCUGACUGUCGCCCACUGCAGGAGGCCUUCACUGCCGCCAAGAUCAUCAAUGUUAACAUCAAUGAGUUCAAGAGACGCAAAGAUAUAGUGAUGAAGUAUAAGAGGUUGGAAGAUGAAGGCACACUGAGGGGCAAACUAAACAAGUUCAACAUCCACUCUAUCCGGAAGAAAAGCGACAGGUUUGCCGGCUAUCUCAAGAUCCUCACUGGAGUUGAACCACAGGUGAGAGAUGAAGUAUUUGACAGAGAGGAGAAGCUGUUCAGGAGUCUGGAGAAGGCUGUGAGGCAGCUGGUCAAGAAUGUUCAAUUUUACCUGCAGCACACUCAGGAGAUGGUGUCUGUAGCUGUUCAGAACAUCCAGGACAUGGAGGGCAUGACCAAGGAUGACACAAAUGGCUCUUCGCACACUAAUGGAAAUGACCCCUAUAAGCACUUUAAAGACAGCAUGGAGCGCUUGGUCCUCGCCCCCCUCUCCUCCCUGCAAGGCAUGUUCACGGCCCCACAGAAGCUCAUCCAGAAGCGAUAUGACAAAUUGCUGGAUUACUGCAGCCGCCUUGAGCGCUCUUCUUCCUUUUCAUCUUCGUCCUCGUCUUCCACCUCUUCGUCCUCUCCCUCGCUGGUGUCAGUAGACCCGCCCGGUCCCGCCAGGAGGGACUAUGAAGCUAUCAAUGCCUUGCUGGUGGAGGAGCUGCAGAGGUUCAACAUGGCCACCUACACCAUCCUGACCAACUGUGUGGUGUAUCUAGUGGCCCUGCUCAGAGGGCUGAUGGAUCAAAUACUACUACGUGCCCCCUCCAUACAGCAGCUACCAGCUCCGUUGUCAAACAUUGCUGAAGUGCAGAACAGCAUCAUGGAUGAGCUGAACAAUCUGACCUUUGUCAAGGACAACGCACAGAAGUUAAUGGAGCGAAAAGUCAGCUUCGAGAGGCAACGAGACAAGAAAAUAGCGAUGCCGGAGGUGCAGCAUCAAACCGAGGAGCAGCGCGCCUGGCUGCUGGCAGAAUACCCAGUGAGCCGUCUGUACCAGCUGAAGAGGAAGUGUAACGGCUGCCAGGAGCAGGACCUCAGCCUGCUGGAGGGGGAGCUGGUGGCCCUGCUGGAGGACACCGACCCACUAGGGAGCAGCAGCCGCUGGCUCGUUCACACUGGAGGUACACAGGGCUACGUCUACUCCACCUUCCUGAAGCAGUACAACCCUCUGAGGGACUCCCAGCGGGCCGGCCAGAUGGCCAAAGAGCAGCAGCAGCAGCAGCCGCCUGCCAUGGCGGACGAGGACUUUGACGACAUCAGCCUGUUCGUGUCGGGCAGUGGCAGCAGCAGCCUGCGCAGCUUCAACCUCAACACCACCGACAGCGGCUCAACCCUGUCUGGACUACAGGGGGAGCCAGAGAGCCCAGAAGACCUGGAGGACACACUGGACACUGAGGCUCAGCAGUUCUAUGCUGUGUACGCAUUUCAAGCCCGCUGUGACCAGGAGCUGACCUUGCAGGAGUACCAGCAUGUCCGCAUCCUUCAGUUCAAUGACCUGGGAGGCAAUAAGGAUUGGUGGUUAGCUGAGGCUAACGGACAGAAGGGAUACGUCCCUGCCAACUACCUUGGCAGGAUGUCCUAUGCAUAAAUAGAGGCCCUCCAUUUCUGCACAGGAUAUCCAGAAAACCAAAACAACCAGUGGCAUUUUAAACAAACCCGCUUACACUUUAAUACAUGAUUUAAAAUAGGCCUGAGUGUAAAACACGUCACAUUUCUGCUUUGUGAAAGUCAAACUUGCACUAGGUAUCUCUAGAUCUUUUCAUAUGUCUCAAACCAAACCAAAAGUGUUGAUGUUGAAUCUGCUUUGAUCAUAACAAGACAGCUCACCAAUGGGACUUGACCAGUAAUCUGUGAUGAAUAUAAAUAAUGGUAGGAAAAUACAGGGCACUGUGCUGAGCACUUUUUCUACUUCAGUGUUGUUGAGUUUAUACCGAUAAUGAAGUGAUUUAUCCAUGAAGAAAAUUUUAUAUGUGAACCGAUUUACAGAUGAAGUAAAUGUUUUAUGUGGAAUGAUUCAUACAUGAAGUCUAUAUAUUUUAUGUGAAUGUAAAAUGAAGAAAUCUAUCACAAUUUAUAUUUUAUCAAUCAUGAAUAAACAUGAUCCGUUGUUCAUUGA